AUGACACAGAACACUAACAAGGCAGCAAAUAUUCCCAAUCUUUACGACAUCCUCUCUCAGAGUAGAAGCGAAAGCCCGUCCAUCGUGAACGGGUCUGUGAAUAACACGUCGGUGAGCCCGUCAAGACAAAACUCUAUCGUUGGGGUCCCACCACCACCAAAGUAUGGGCCCAAUCCGUAUACACUCAGUGAAUUUGCCCACUUCCUUCAAAGGACGCAUUGUGACGAGAAUUUGGAGUUUUUCCAAAAGACGAGGAAGUUCCUGUUUAAUGACGAGUUCAGAGAGACCUACAGCAAUAACAGUCUCAGUGAUCACUCGACCUGUUCGAAAUUCGAUGUGGAGGAAUGGAACCGCUGUAUAUACGACCACUUCAUCCGCGUGGAUUCCCCCAUGGAAUGUAACUUACCACAAUAUAUCAGAGAACUGUUCGAUAAAUGCUAUACAGAGGGGAUCGCUCCGAAACAGGUACACAUCGUACAGGCUAUACAGCAUAUCUUGGGCUUACUCUUUGACGCAUACGCUAGAUUCUUGCAACAGGUGCAAGAACAGAAGGAAACGCCUCCGACUACACCCAGCACAAGCUUACAGCAGUCGAAUGAAAACAGCAACCACAAAGGGAAAAGUGGUGGAGCCAUUGCAUUGACGGACGAGAAACUGUCCACAGCCGGGUGCGAGAAGACUGUGCAUAGAACGAAACAUAUCAAUUCACCAGCAUCACGGGCGUCUCUGCCACCACGCAAUCACUACAACCACCACGACCACCACCGGUAUAAGCAGCACGAGAACGAACAGCUCUCCGUGCUGGACAAGGGGAAGAAAUUCUUCCACAAGUUCAAGCUAAAGAAAAGUCUGCCACUUUGA